AUGCAAAUAUUUACGGUCUACACGCUGCUGGGACUGGCGCUUGUUCUAGCCACAGCACGCGCCACGCCCGCUCCAAGCGCUGCCAACGAAAACUCGAUACCCGGAGACUUUGGCCAUCGGCAUGAGGAGCAGAUAAUGAUUAAACUGAAUGAGAAGUGCAUACAGAACGACAAUCACAGCUGCAGCAUGCUCAAGACCAUUGUCUUCCUCGAUCGCCUCAUGAAGAAGUCCAAUAUUGAUGUGAGCGAGAAUCUCAGAGUUUCGCGUAACAGGGAUCUGCCGGAUGUGCCCGACGAUAGCGAGGACGAGCUAUUGCUGGCGCGCGCCAUGGGCUCGGAUGAGGAGUCCUAUGGCCUGCUUAUAGCAAACAAGCUGUGGCGCUUUUUGCGCUCACGCACACUGCGCUACAAGUUCUCCGACAAUGCGGACUUUGUGGUGAAUGGCGAGCCCCAGGGCAGCCUCAACAUUGGCGUCUCAGUGCGUCCCAUCGAAGCGCUGGAGGAGGGUCGCGGCAAAAUGAAGAACAUGGGUCCGCUGCUCAUGAUGAUGGCUGCCAAGACGGGCAUGGUGGGCGCACUGCUGCUCAAGGGACUCUUCCUGCUCGCCGGCAAGGCGUUGAUUGUAUCCAAAAUUGCGCUGCUGCUGGCGGUCAUCAUAUCGCUGAAGAAGUUGCUCUCCCAGAAGAAAACAAUUGUCGAGGUGCCGUCGCAUCAUGAUAGCUACAGCGCGGGCUGGUCGCGUGCCCUAGAUGGCUUUGUGGAGGGUUUGGCUGAGGUGCCGGCGCAUUUUCUGGCGCAGCAGGAUGCACAGGACAUGGCCUAUGGGGCACAGCAGCCUGCCAAGAUAACGCAAUAA